CAUAGUGCGGCGCCUGUGUUGCUUUUUGUAGUUUAGGUUGGGGGAUGCUGUUUUGUAUUUAAAAGGUAUUUUAAUAUUUUACAGUACUUAGUGGCGGAACAAGGAAAUCUACUGCUAGUGGAAGACGUGACCUAUGGAGUCACAAAUUGAAACCCUUCCCUUUGAGAAUGCCUCGAUCCUCUCAGAAAGCACGUCACAAGAGGGUCAUCGGCUUUGGAUUGGCAACAUUGAUCCUAAGAUUACAGAAUACAACCUUGUAAAACUUCUGGAAAGAUUUGGCAAAGUCAAGCAGUUCGAUUUUCUGUUCCAUAAGUCUGGUCCGUUGGAGGGGCAGCCACGAGGGUAUUGCUUUGUAAACUUUGAGACAAAAGAGGAAGCAGAACGAGCUAUUCAGCGUUUAAACGGCAAACUGGCCCUGUCCAAGAAGCUGGUGGUACGCUGGGCACACGCACAAGUCAAAAGAUUUGAUCAGUUCAGAAAUGAUAAACUUCUUCCUAUCAGCCUUGAACCUUCGUCUAGCACAGACCAGACUCCAACCACACUAACCGUUAAUGCAAAAAUAAAAGCUAUUGAAGCCAAACUGAAAAUGAUGGCAGACAACCCAGAUGCAGACUAUAGUGGACCCUCAGCUUACUCAUACAAUAAGCCCACAGAGAAAAAACGAGCUGCUCCUUACAGCAAACAGCCCUGCAGAACCAAACGAUGACACUUUCAAAGAGGAACUUUACAUGAAGGAACUGUUUCUGCACUCUUCACAAUCCUAUGAUCUUUUGUAUCAUGGAAAUAGAGAUUUUUUUUUUUUUUUUGAAACGUAAUAGAUAACUUAUUAAAUGUGGUUGUAAACUCGAACAUUCUGUAGCAAGGUCACGUUUCUGUGUAGGGUAUGUUGAGCUGCUGGGUAGGUUACAUACUGGAGAUGCUUGCUGGUACAGUAAAGUUCAGUUUUAUCAGUCUGUCUGGUGCUGUUUUUGUUUGUUUUUGAAAUAUGCUUCAUCUUCUGGAAACUUUGAUAAAUAUGAGGGUUUUUUGCUAUUGAAAUUUUGUACCAUUUAGGCUAAAUGUUCAAAAUGGGUAUAUAUUGCUAUAUUUUUUAUUAUCAUCUAUAGUAACAUUAUUGAUGUAUACCUAUUUGUUGCAGUUGAUUCUGCUUUUCUUCCUGAAAUGUGUAUAAAUUGAUGUGUGCUGAUUUUCCUUGUUAAGCAGGACUUGUAUUUUCUUUAUAUUAUUUGAGCGUGUUUAUUUUAAAACUUUUGCAUAAUCAUAUAUGGCAAUUUUGACUUUUGCAGAGGUGUGUGUGUGUGUGUGAGUGAUUGUGUGUGUGCAAGCUACAAAAAUGCAUAGACCUCUGUAAUUUAGUAUGGCAUAUACCUGUUUCAAUUUGAUGUGAAGCUAUUGUAAAUGAUACCAAAUGAACUAACUAGACUGUUGGUGAAUCAAGCUCGACUGUACACUGAUUACACCACUGAAGCCACUCUUUUAGAUACAAGUGUUAAUUUUCUGUUCUUCCGAGUUCUUCGGUAUUCAACAACACAAAUUUUAUUUUCAGGGUUUCAAACCAUUUCUUUGAAAUCGUAUGUCAGUGUAGUUUAUUACAGCUUUAUAUUGUCCUCUGAAGAAGGGAAGCAGAAGAGUUUACCUAAACAACAGAAAGAACUUCAGUCUACCCAAAUACAGGGUAAAAUGAUGAUGUCAUAAUGAUUUACAGUAUUGCACACUGUACUGCUUAACUUUAAAGGAGAAAGGAUACAAAUAUUAUGUAGAAAGUACUGGGAAUAGUAUUAUUAUAUGGUCUCUGAUGUUUUAAUUGCAGCAAGGGUCGUUACAAUUAACUAACGACUUUGAAGUUUCAGAAAACCCAGCUAAUUCUCAUGUUUAAAGUCUAUAUGAUUUAAAAAAAAAAAAAAAAAAAAGAGAAAUGUUACCACUAUUGUGAAAUGACUUUCAUUUCAUUCUCUUAAUGCUGAGCCAUUUAGCUGUCAGAAUGAAUAAAAAUGAGUGCAAGAAGCCCACUAAAUCCUGACCUUCUCAUGUUACUUUCCUGGGAUUAUUCCAUGAUGAGACUACUGGUGGAUCUUCUGCAAUAUUAUCUAGUUACAAAAUGAGCCCAGAGCUUUUGACUUUUUUGUGUUUUUAAUUUUUGUUUAAGUAUUUGUUGGUAGGCAAGUAUAUUAAAUCCAGACUGUAUUUGAUAUAAAGGUGCACCAGGGUGCUCGGACGGAUGGAACUGCUGCAAAUAUUACUGAACGCUAGUAAACUAAUCUCUAAAUGAACGUGUCUGUUUGUUGAAAUGCAUAUAAACACUGUGUAUACAGUAUUUUUGUAUGCGUUAUAAAUAAAAUAAAUGAUCCCUGUAACUUAGACAGCUGUAUACGCACUUGGGUCAAAAGUGAUCGUUUGCCUUCAGUUUGGUCAAGUUUGACUACAACUAUAGUUUUGAGCACAGAGAAAUAUUAAACUCUUUUUGUAUCUUUUCACCUGCAGACCCAGCUGGUUUCUUGUACUGGAUUUGAAGUAGGAAUUUGUAUUCACUGCGUUGUAGUUAUCAGGCAAUAUGGCCCAAGCAUACAGAAAACAC